AUUCUGUUAUUCUCCUAGAUACCUAUCAUUAUGAUAAUAUAACACCAUUUUAAAUAUUUUACCAUGUAAGCAAUCGUUUCCUCUCAUGAUUUGUGAUUCUCCUUCAAAGUAGACUAUUAGUGUUUUAUGAAGAAGACAUCUUGAUGAACUGGGAGCUCAAUUAGAAUUUUCCUCAUAUUGUCAUCACUCAGUGGCCAGCAUUAUAGAAUAAAAGAAACUUCCUGUUAUAGGAACUAGUAACAUUUGAGGAUGUAGCUGUGGAUUUCACCCAGGAGGAGUGGCAAUACCUGAACCCUCCACAGAGGACCCUGUACAGAGAUGUGAUGCUUGAGACCUACAGCAACCUUGUCUCUGUGGGCUCUGAAGACCAAGGAGGGAUCUAUCAUUUAUCAUCCUUAGAACAACAGUUUACUAAACCAGAUCUCAUUAUCAAGCUGGAGGUAGAAGAACCAGAGCCAGAUGGGGAAAUUUCGGUUUGGAACUUUCCAGAAGUCUGGCAGGAUAACCAAGAAAAGUAUCUGUUGAAGCAAGUUGGAUUCCCUGAUGGCAAAGUAAUUACUAAGAAUGUCCAUAACUAUGCUGAAUUUGGAAACACAUUUCACCUGAGCACAAGCCUUGUUGUUCCAAUGCAAAGAUCCCAUAUAUUUGAAUCAUUUGGAAAUAAUAUGGUGGACAAUGUAAGCCUAUUUAAUAGAAGCUCUGUAGAAAAUAAACAUGACACUGGUUGUGCAAAAUUAUUCUUCCAUACAGAAUAUGAAAAAUCUAAUUUCAUAGUGAAACCCUAUAGAUAUAAAGAAUAUGAAAAAAGCUUCAGACAAAGGAAAGGUCUUAGCCUUCAUCAGAGAAUUAAAAAUGGAGAGAAACCUUUUGAAUGUACUGCCUGUCAGAAAACCUUCAGCAAAAAGUCACACCUCAUUGUACACUGGAGAACUCAUACAGGAGAGAAACCAUUUAAAUGUACUGAAUGUGGGAAAGCUUUUAGCCAGAAGUCUCAGCUCAUUAUACACCUCAGAACUCAUACUGGAGAAAGACCCUUUGCAUGUCCAGAAUGUGGCAAAGCCUUCAGAGAAAAGUCAACUGUCAUCAUACAUUAUAGAACUCAUACAGGAGAGAAACCAUAUGAAUGUAAUGAAUGUGGAAAAGCCUUCACUCAGAAGUCAAACCUCAUUGUUCAUCAAAAAACCCACACAGGAGAGAAAGCCUAUGAGUGUACUAAAUGUGGGGAAUCUUUCAUGCAAAAACUUGACCUAAUUAUACACCAUAGUACUCACACAGGGAAGAAGCCUCAUGAAUGUAAUGAGUGUAAGAAAGCAUUCAGUGAUAAGUCAACCCUCAUUAUACAUCAGAGAACUCACACUGGAGAGAAACCUCAUAAAUGUAUUGAAUGUGGGAAGUCUUUCAAUGAGAAAUCAACACUUGUCGUGCACCAAAGAACUCAUACUGGUGAGAGGCCCUAUGAAUGUGACAUAUGUGGAAAAACUUUCACCCAAAAGUCAAAUCUAGGUGUUCAUCAAAGAACUCAUUCAGGAGAAAAACCAUUUGAGUGUAAUGAAUGUGAGAAAGCCUUCUCUCAGAAAUCCUAUCUCAUGCUACAUCAGCGAGGCCACACUGGAGAGAAGCCCUAUGAAUGCAAUGAAUGUGAAAAGGCAUUUUCUCAGAAGUCUUAUCUCAUUAUACAUCAAAGAACUCAUACAGAAGAAAAACCCUAUAAAUGUAAUGAGUGUGGAAAGUCAUUCCGAGAAAAGUCAAAGCUCAUUAUCCAUCAAAGGAUCCACACAGGAGAGAAACCCUAUGAAUGCCUUGUGUGCUGGAAAGCUUUUAGCCAGAAGUCACAGCUCAUCAUCCAUCAGAGAACACACACAGGAGAAAAGCCCUAUGAAUGCACAGAAUGUGGCAAAGCAUUCAGGGAAAAAUCCACAUUCACUGUACAUCGGAGAACUCACACUGGAGAGAAGCCUUAUAAGUGUACAGAAUGUGGGAAAGCCUUUACCCAGAAAUCCAACCUUAUUGUACAUCAGAGGAUCCAUGCAGGGAAGAAAGCCCAUGGAAGAGGCCACACCCACAAGUCAAAGCUCACUACACAAUAUAGAACAAAACAAUAGUGUCUUUCAUACCCAAAAGGAAAGAUGUGUUGAUUUAAUGUUUAAACAAAUUUCUUUUCAUCUGUUUUCACUCUGAUGCAGGUUGGAAAAAACCGAUAUGUAAUUUCUUUGAAAGUCACUGCAAUCAUAGGGCUGUCAGACUAAACGGCACUCAUACACAAGUGCAGAAAACUUCAAGGCUUCAAAAUUGAAACAGCAUAGCUAAGGACUCUCUACUGAAGUUUGAGUUAUACUCUAAGGUGCGUGACCAGAGAUAGCUGUGGCAAAGACUGUGAGGCCUGAGGAGAAACAGACCUUUUAUUUACAGAAAGUAAUCUGACAGAUUUAAGGAGCAGCUGGAGGUGGGGAAGCUGGGGCAAAUAAAUGGAUAUAGUUGGUCU